AUGGGGAACCAUAGCUCUCUUAUCAGAAAGUCACAAAAGGACUCCUCAAAGAGAGCGCCCACUAACAGACUAGCUGACAGUGAUGAUGAUAAUGAUGAAACUGAUGAUAUUCCGAGCAACAGUAUCCAGCUGGAAGUUGAAACCUACGAGUGCCUCAGUGGACAGACAGAAAGUGAAGUGAUAAACUGCCUAGCUAAUUCAUGUGAAAGUGAUCAUCAGAAGUACAUUCUAGUUGAAGACCUCUUUAAGAAUAACGACAAAAAUGCUUCACUCCAAAUUCUUCCAGAGGCCAUCAGGCAUGAAUCUGUUCUAGAGUACAUUAAGAUUCUUGAGAAGCUUGUGGUACGAAUUCGUACCAGUGUCAGAGGGAAGACUGGAGAGAAGCUUUCAUUUGCAACUGGUUGUGUGGAAUUGACCUCAGAUACACUGGUGAAAAAUGGAAACUGUCGCCUUCGUAAUUGUAAGUAUAACAAGGGCCAGAUACAUGAAAACUACGGUGGAUUGGUUGUCUACACAAAUAACCAUGUUAUCAAGAAUAAUUCGGAGGCAGAUUGCUGUAAUGUUGAUUUUUUCUAUUACAAUGACAAAUCAUUAGUGGAUGUUGAUGUCAUGACAGAUGGUGGCAGUUCCCGGUUAGAAAAUCGUGUCAAGAUCAGUCCAGCUGCUGAAGUUGAUAAUAGUGAACAGCUAGUUGUUGGUAGUUCCCUGUUAGAAAGCAAUGUCGCGGUCAGUUCUUUAGUGAAAGUUGACCAAAAUGUACAGUUAGAUAUUGGUCGUUCCUGUUUAGACAGUAAUGAUGACAUAAAUUCUUCGGGCAAAGAUAGUCAAAUUGAAAUGACAGAUAUGGAAAUGGGCCCUGAAAUAACCGCAUCUGGCAGUUUACCAAUAUUUAGUGGUGAUUGCAGUCAUUUGUCAUCAGAAGUUGUUACAAGUGAGUAUGAAUGUGGUAAUAACGAAGAAGGUCACAAUAAUUAUUACAGCGAUCAUUUGAUUAAUAUGUAUAGAAGUAGAUUACACAGAGGUAUCACAGCUUAUGGAUCUUGUUUGAGAGAAAACCAGAAAAAUAAGGAUUUAGUGGGACUACGAAUAUUUUAUCAUGAUCCAGAGUUAUUUAAUUUAAUAAAAACAAUGUCCAGUCUGAGAAUGAAUGCAAUUUCAAAAAUUCCAGAAGAAAUAAAGCAAAAAAUGAAAAAAUAUGCUAUUGUCAUUUCUCAUCCUCAUGGAUGGCCCAAGAGAAUUAGUUUUGGUGAUCUAGUGUCUCUGGAAGAGACCUAUAGGAGUCAACAGGGCUUUAAAAUGACCAAGUACAAUGCUACAACAUGUGGGGGUAGCUCUGGAGCUCCAGUUGUAACAGGAAAUUAUUCGUACAGACCUUUUGUUCACACGGGCAAGGAUAAAGUGACAAAGUUGGGGUUAUCUUGUUCUUACUGA